AUGAAGAAUCGAUCCCCCUAUGAAGUCUGUUCUCCGACCCCGAGAACCGACAUAGUGUCUGGAGUGAUCAUCCUAAGUGUCCCGCAUAUCAACAACUUGAUCGAGUGCACCGGGGUCUUGCCAUCACGCACCGAGAAAUAUACCUCCCCAGAUCAAAAGGAGGUGAACAAGUGGAUCGAAUGUGACCGUGCACCUAUGCGAGAGGAGGCGAUUCUGCUGAUGAAUGGCGGGUCUCUGAAGCAAAUGAAGUAA